UGGAGAAUAGUGGCUGAUACGGUAUACGUCAUGGAUGCCAUUGCAGGCUUAGAUUAUAAUGGUAAUGCCAUCAUUGAAGCAUCAAAGUACAUUCCAAGUUGUGGCUACAGGCACUUUCUAAAGAUUGAUGGUCUCAAAGGGAAAAGAUUGGGCCUAUUCAGGAAUGAAUUCAUCAAUUUUGAUAAAGGAUAUGUUUACUCUGAAGCUUUUGAGGUUCAUUUAUCCACUUUAAGGCAAAAGGUUGCAGUUUUGGUAGAAAACGUGAAUGCGUCCAAGUAUUUGAGUGCAUGUAGCACCAGCACAGAUUAUGAAGCUCUAGCAAUUACAGCUGAGUUCAAAUUGGCCAUAAAUUCUUACCUAAAAGAACUUGUGUUAUCUCCAGCGCGAUCCUUGAAAGAUCUCAUUGCAUUCAACGACAAAUUUUCAGAAUUGUAAAAAACGUAGGAAUACGGGCAAGAGUACUUCCUUGAUGCCAAAGCUAAGAAUGGCAUCGGCCAAAGAGAGACGAAAGCGAUACUAGAAUUAGCGAAAAUGUCGAUAGAUGGAAUGGAGAAAUUAAUGACAGAAAAAGUUAGACGCCUUGCUAUCACCAUUUAAUUCAGCUUCGUCUAUUCUCACAAAGGGUCAAUACC